AUGCAGGGGGUCAUGGUGGUCAUCACGGACAUGGUAGCCAUCAUGGUCAUCAUGGUGGCCAUCAUGGACACGGUGGCAUUGGUGGUCAUCAAGGAUAUGUUGUAAGUUAGUAACAAAAAGGGCUGUGGUGGAUGAGAUUCAUAUGAUUCCUGUUUUUUGUGGGACAAUUUGCAUGGCUGCGUGGAGUAUCACUCUUUAUCAUCGGUCAUGGUUGCAACUCUUUACCUAAUUCCUAUUCCACCAGUCCUUGGGAUAACAAACAUUUUCUCAUGCAUGCUAAUCACCGUGAGCCUUGGCUGGUGCCGAGCAUGUGCAAUUUAACAAAGUUAUAUGCUAAUCCAAUGAACUUUACUCAUCACCUCUAAUCUCGUGGGCCGAGUAUGAUUUGACCUAGGCUUGAUUUGACCUAGUUAAUAUUCAUGAUAUAAUCACUUGGCUUGCAAUAGGCCUACACAACCAGGUGUAUUUUUAUCAGUUUUAACAUACGGGUACAAACAGUUCCAUACAUACUACUAUACUACACUGUAUUGGUAACAUUUAUUUAUAGUCCAUGUAUUGAUCUAGAUCUGGUGUUGAGGCUAUCCUGGGUGUGCAUUGUAGUGGUCUAGUGCAGUGGAUAGUGCCGGCAUCUUGAUUCCUGUUCAAAAAUGUCUUACGGCUACAAUAACAAUCUACCGGGGCAGGGUGGUUACCCUGGGCAGCAAGCAGGGGCUGGUUACCCCAUGGGUCAACAGGCCCCACCUCCUGGUGGAGCAUACCCAGGAUAUCCAGGAGGAGCCCCAGCCAGCCAACCACCCUAUGGUGGUGCACCUGGCUACCCAUCCCAGCCUGGUUACGGAGCACCACCAGGGGGACCAGGGUAUCCUGGAGGUGCACCAUCGGGUGGAGCGCCUGCCUUCACGAUGCCUGGCCAACCUGGUGGCUAUCCGGGCCAACAACCCCCAGGACCUGGUUACCCAGGCUCUGAUCCUUCCUAUCCUUCUCAGCCACCAUAUGGCGGACAACCAGGAGGCUAUGGGGGCUCUGCAGAUAUAGGAUUUGGCGGUGUAGGAGGCUCUGCCCCAGGAUCUGGGUCCACACCCUACCCAGCCUCGCCUUACAAUUCAGCAACACCCUCCUAUGGAUCGCAGCCAGCUGGCUAUGGAGCACCCGGAGCCCAGCCAGGCUAUGGAGCGCCCGGAGGCCAGCCAGGCUAUGGUGCACCUGGAGCACAGCCAGGCUAUGGUGCACCGGGAGCACAGCCAGGGUAUGGUGCACCUGGGGCACAGACAGGGUAUGGUGCACCUGGGGGCCAACCAUCGUAUGGAGCACAACCUCCAACCAGUGCAUAUCAGCAGCCAGCCCAGCAACCCCCUCAGACAAACGUUAGCCCAUACGUGCAAGGUACCCCAGGUCAAGAGUACAGUACACCGCCAGCAGUGGCUCACCCUGCGGCAGCCCAACAACAACCUCCAUCACAGCCACAAAGACCUCCACCACCAUCACACCAGCCUACUCAGCCAAGUGGCCCAGUACCAACAGGAGGUGACAUCGCCGGUCUGGAUCCUGACCUAGCUGCAGCUCUGGGCAAGCUGAAGGUCUACGGUGGCAUGGAGCGCUACGAAGGAACCAUGAAACCUGCUGCUUACUUCAAUGAGGAAGAAGACGUCAUGAAGUUGCGUAAAGCUAUGAGAGGAGCUGGCACAGAUGAGAAGGCCAUCAUAGAUAUCGUUGCAAAUCGAUCAAACCACCAAAGACAGCAGAUUCUAAGCUUUUUCAAAACCAUGGUCGGCAAGGAUCUGAUAAAGGAGUUGCGAGGAGAACUGAGUGGCAACUUUGAGGAGUGUAUGAUUGCCUUGUUUAGGGAGACAACAUUCUAUGACGCAUAUUCCUUGAGAAAGGCUAUAAAGGGUGCUGGGACAGAUGAAUUGGUCCUCAUAGAAAUCUUGUGCACCAGGACGAAUUCAGAGAUCAGGGAGAUCAAGAGGAGCUACAAAGAAAAUUACAUGCGCGACCUAGAAAAAGAUAUCGAGGGUGAUACAAGCGGUCACUUCAAGCGACUUUUGAUAUCAUGCUGUCAGGCAAACCGUCAAGAGCUGACCAAUGAACAAUGGGAGCGCUUCUUCAAACAAGGCCCCGAGGCUGUCGUGGAUCGAGCCAAAGCUCAAAAGGAAGCACAGGAGCUCUACCAGGCCGGAGAGAAGAAGCUUGGCACCGAUGAGGCAACCUUCCUAAGAAUCAUGGCACUCCGACAUUGCUAUCAACUCAAGGCGACAUUUGAGGAAUACACAAAGAUCAGCGGCCGUGACAUAUUGAAUUCCAUCAAGAGAGAAAUGUCAUCUGACUUGCAGCAUGGAUUCGAAGCACUUGUGAUGAGCCAGAGGAGUCGUCCAGAGUAUUUUGCUGAUCGUCUCUACAAAGCCAUGAUUGGUGCCGGUACAGAUGACUCAUCUUUGAUCAGAAUCGUAGUGUCUCGCUCUGAGAUCGAUCUAAAGAACAUCAAGCAAGUUUUCCUCUCAAAGUACAAAAAAACCCUAUGGAAAAUGAUUGAGGGUGACACGAGUGGUGACUACAAGGCCAUUCUUAUCAGUAUCGUAGGCCGGGAUUAGAAGCAUAUAUCAAUAAAAGGUCUAGGGAAUUUUGUGAUUGAAUUUCAAUGUUUAUACGUUCAACCAUCAGCAUGUUACACCUUCUGAAUGAUGGUGCCUUAUAUAUGUUUGUGCUUUGUAUUAAAGAUUUCUUUGAAAUUAGCUGGAUGGGUGUAAGCUUUGACCAGUAUUUCUAUCCAGAGUCUUACUAGAACCACCGGUGUAAACAUUCUACGAAGGCCUAUGAUAAUUAAUAUGUAAUGAACAGUAAAUGUAAUAUGUAAUGGAUUAAUCUGAAUAUUGCCAAAAAAUGAUCAUUGUCAAACUUCCAUGCGUGUAAUGAAUAAUAAUGUUUAAAUCAAUCGUAAACUGCUCGUUACUUUAAUGAUUAACAUUUUUGACUCGAUGCUCUUCUCCAUUACUCUAUCGUAUGUGUCUGUCUAAUUGUUUGUUUUCAUUUUCGGUUGAAAAUUAUUUAGAGUACCGGUGCUUACGAGAAUUUAUGUGUACUACAGUUUUUUGUUGUUACAAUUCAAGUUAUUUGUUUGUCUAAAAUUAGACUUGGAUACAUUGUAAGUUGACUACCCGCAUCCAAUAAUAGCGGUUAAUACUAUGAUAGUGUCCAGUCUUAACUUCCCAGGUGGUUGUUUUUAAUAUUUCAUCACUCAUUGACAAAGGGCUAGUUUAGAAACUGAACACGUGUGAUUGGCUCUUCAAUAAAACCAAUCAUAUCAUAACGAACAUCCUUACAAUUAGAAUUGAUUUGAACAAAUUUAUGAUGAUCUCAGUGGUAUAUGUGGAAAAAAACUUGUUAUGUUUUUGUCAACUUGAAAAAAACGUGUGGUAUUUUGAAGAAAAGGUAGUUUUUUCUCUUGCCUUGUACAGUAAGCUGUGAUUAAAAAGACUGACUAGGAUAGUCUAAGUAACACACAAUGGCCCAAAUUCAUAAAGGGCGUUUAAGGGUUAGACAUGUACAACUUCUCUCUAAUCAGUUUCAGGGCCUAUUCAUAUUCUGUGAAGAUUCACAUGAAGGGCCAGAAUCUGUCUAUUCAGUAGUUAAACGCUGUUUUAAGCUAAACACCCUUUAUGAAUUUGGCCCUACAUGUUUAGGGCCUACUGGGCAUUACCUAUGUAUUGUAAUUGAUAUUUCUGUGUGAUAUAUCUUUAAUCCUUCCUAAAACAACCCACUCGGGGAUAUGAAAAUUAAAAGUCUUUCACCUGUUUAAGAAUGAUUCUUGUCAGUUUGCUGUCUGAAAUGCAGUCCAGUCAAAUUAGUCCUUCGAGUCUAAGCACAGGCUGUUUUCACUCUAUGUAUGUUCAUUUUAAUGUUUGACUGAUUAAAGAAUAUAAUGAAGUGCAGUUGGAAGUAUAAGGUGCGUCCGUCCCAAAUAUGAAUUCGCUGCUAGAACACUGUGGAUUGCAAGAACAAGACUGGUGGUCUCAUUCGUUGCCUGAGGAAGUUGACCAUCUUUUAUUUUGUUUCUCAUUGACAUUCUUCAUAAACCCGUGAUCACUUUGAAGGUGGACUUUUUGAGUUGAUGCCUAGAUAGCGGUCAUGAUGAUUACACCGUCGCCGUGAGAUGGUGCUGCAUAUACAAUGUAUACAUCCUGAAAUAUGAAUAAAUGGGUUAUAGAGCAUUUGUCUGCAUUCUCCAAUACAUCAGGGAACCACCCUCUGAACUGGCUAUGGAUUAGUGCUAGGCUGAAUUAGUGCCGGCAUCAUCUCGAGACCCUCCACCUUUGAUGUCAUCAUGAUCACUAUAUAUUUGUAUUUUAGUGCAUUCUUAGUAUAUAUUGUGAUAUUCUUUAUAUUCAUCUAUGACAAACUAUACAUCUUUCUGUCUAUUGCGUUAUCCUCGAAGAUUCACACUAGAGUAAUUUUCAAAUGAGCAUUUCUCUUCUCAAGAGAAUUCUCCUAAUCGGUGUGGUUGAUUACUUUCCAAAUUAGUCCAUCUUUAUUGGUCUAGUUUUGCCUCAAUAAUUUUGCCUCAACUUAUGCUUGUACAUCGCAACAUGUAGCAUACUAAUUAGUUUGCUGAAAUCUUAGUUGAAGUUCUCUAAUCGGUUAUUAGUGAAAGGGUAUCAUCUAUCGCACGAUAUGACGUAAACAGGCCCUAUUGCCAAAAUUUCUACUUUUUUCAUAUUUUUUGUUAUCGGAUAAUUAGAUUGUCAUCAGAUACAUGUAUUCCCAUGUACAUGUAAUUAUUGGACUACGCAAAACUCCACUAGAAUAAAAACAUAGAAAAGCCA